ACCGAGAGAGGCAUCAGUUCCGAUCGCUUCAUCUUACGAUUGUUAGUGACUUGUGAAGUGAAGCUCCUCCGCCAUCAUGCAGGUUUUGACUCUGGUUGUCCUGGUCGGCUGUGCCGCCACCGCCGUCCUCUCGGCCGAUACCUACACGACCCAGUUCGACAACAUCGACUUGGAGGCCAUCCUCAAGAACGAGAAGCUCGUCGACAACUACACCAAGUGCCUCAUGGACGAGGGACCCUGCACCAACGAGGGACGUACCCUCAAAAAAUUGCUUCCCGACGCUUUGAAAACCGCUUGCGCCAAGUGCACUGAGAAGCAAAAGACCGGUGCCCGUAAGGUCAUCAAGUUCUACCAGACCCAGCACCCCGAAGACUUCAAGAAACUCCAGCAGAAAUACGACCCCGAAGGCAAAUUCAAGGCCGAAUUCGAAAAGGCCCUCUUCGGACAAACCCUGUAAACUGAUCCCAACCUUCCAAACGCCCUAUGACCAGAACAAAUCCUCCGUUUUCGAACAUCCUCCCAUCCUCUAUUUAUUGUGACAAUACUGUCAACCUCAACUAAAUGAACCAAAGAACAAAAUGAAUACCUAAAUUAAAAAUUGAAAAUAAAGUUUAUUUAUUUCAACAGUA